UAAGCCAGCGACUUCAUAGGUAUAGGAUCUGAAACUCUUUCUGUUUGCCUUGCUACUUAAAAAACCGAUUCGACGUCAGUUUUUCGUAAUUUCUGGAACACAAAAACUCGCAGGGAGAAAAACAAAGGAAGAAGAAGAAGAGAGAUGGCGAAGAGAACAGCAUUGCUGAUGUUAUGGCUGGGCUUAUGGAUAGGUACGAGCUGGUGCUGGAGCGAAAAUGCCAUGGACAACGCGAGGGAGAGAGCCGACAUAGCAGCUGGGAAUGCCAAGCUCAGAGCCCAGGAGACCAUGCAAGAUGCUAGGGAAAAUACCAACUCCUGGACCGAUUGGGCUUUUGAUAGGUUCUCCGAGGGGAUUGGAAUGAGGAAGGAGAAUGUAAAAGAGACAGCUCAAAAUGUGAAGGAUAAAGCUGAGAAUGCAGCCUCAAGAGCCGCGGAGACAAUGAGCUCCGCUGCAUCCGAAAUGUCCAAGUAUGCUUCCGAAAAGGCUGGUGACGCAGCCAAUAUAGCUUACGAUAACGCAGAUCAAACUAUACGAAUGGCUACGGAUAGAGCCAGUGACACCAAAGAUACAAUAUCAGGAGCAAUUGACUAUGGAAAAGAGAAAGCCUACGGUGCUUACGAUGAUGCAGCACAGAAGCUUAACAUGGCUAAAGAAAGAGCUUCAGAUAAAGGCAGAGAUGCUGAAGAGACAAUUGCAAGGGCAAUAGGGUCCAGAAAAAAUAAAGCAGAGUAUGCAUACAACGAUGCCAAGGAAACAAUGAAGGACAAAGCAGCUAAUGCAUAUGAGGAAGCUAAACAGAAAAUAAGUAUUGGUUCGGACAACACCGAGGAAGCCAAAGUUCCAAUGUCCGAGGCAAUAGAUUUCGGGAUAGAAAAGGCUUCGAAUGCUUAUGAUGAAGCCAAGAGAAAAUUCAACCAGGCCUCAAACAUGGCAUUCGACAAGGCUUACGAUGCUAAAGAGACGAUGGAGGUAGGGAUGAGAUAUGGAAAAGAUAAAGCCGGAAAUGCAUAUGAUGAAUUCAAGCAGAAAAUGAUGGAAAUGGCGGAAUCGGACGAGGCCAAUGAUGUGAAAGAUACGGUGUCGGCAGCGAUGAGAUAUGGAAAAGACAAAGCCGCGAACGCAUACAAUGAAGCUAAACAGAAAGUGGAGGAGUCGUAUUUUUCCGCCAUGGAAAGUGGGACCCCACAAGACAAAAAUAACUACGAGUUUGCGAAGGAGAAAGCGUCCAAGGCAGCAGGCGAUCUUGGGGCGAAAAUGAGAAUGGGUGAUGGUAAUCUAUAAAGAAGAUUUACCACAGAACUUAAAGUGGAUAUCAUCGAUCUGACUGUGAGUUUUAUAUCGUUGCUAUAUAUGUUCCUUUGUUUACAUAAUAAAUGUGUUUUCUAUCUAAAAAUCUUUCAUUCCAGGAACUCUUAUUAGCUUAACUUUUUUAAAGCAAACUAGCUUGUGGAUUUUUUUUCUCUCUC